AUAUUUUUCGGACACAAUAAGAUAACUACUCCUCCUCUCUCUUAACAUUACUACAACUCCACAUAAACACAAAUUAGAAGUAAUUAACAAGUAACAUUAACGCAUGAAUUGAAUUAAUCUUGAUAUAAUUAAGCCGAAAAAAACAUGAUCUCUCUUCACACCUGAGAGAAAAUGAAAGAAGUAUGAACACAAAGAAAGUACUUUAACCUUAAGCGGUGGGACCCACUUACCAUUUCCAUAGAGAGACAACAAACACAAUCUCAAUGAGUGUAUGUAUGAAUAGUUGCUUCAUCUAAAAGGGUAGUCACAUGGGAGAGUUUAGGAUAUGCUUCUAGAGAGAGAAACUCAAAAAAGGGUUUUUUUUAGAGAGAGAAACAAAACAGAUAGUGUUUUCAUUUUCUUCUUUUUCUUUUUUGUCUUUGGGAUUUGUUGAAGUUUGUUAUAGCAUUGUUCAUGCUACUGAAGAAAUGAAUCAAGAAAAGUUUGCAAUUUGUUUGUUUUAGGCUCAGAUUUUGAAAAGAUUGUGAAUUUUUUUCAUGAACCCUAAUUUUGUGGAUUGGGUGAAUCUGAGCUAAGAAGUGUUUCUAUGGAUUGAUUUGGGAAUUUGUUUUGUUGGGAAUCUGAGUUGGGUAGAGUGGGUUUCGAUCUGUGAAUAAAGUGAGGAUUUUGCUUUGGAUUUUCUGUGUUUCAAUGCUGGAUUUUGGGUCGGUUCUUGAGAAACUGAAAUGAAGUUCGACAACAAGGGAAUGAUGGAUGAAGAAACGCGUUACUUCCGAAAUUUAUUUACAGUAUGCAAGAGCUAGCCAUUUAUAAUGGUGGCAACAUGUAGACGAGUAACAGAAGUUGUGAAGUGAACUGCACUAGUCAGCAACAAAAUGGAACAUUUAUGUGAUGAUAACUUUGAAGGAUCUAAUGAAGAACGACAGAUUUUUACAGAGGUCUUUUUUGGUGAUGAUACUUUUCAGUCUAGUCAGAGGCGUGUUGUUUCUGGAGCCAUCAACCUUGAACAUGAAUCCACUAAAAACACAUUUAAAUCAGUUGGCUCUAGUAAUGAGAACUCAGUCAUAUUUCGUCCCUCGUCUUCGAGAUUUACACAUCCUGAGGAGGACAUUAAUCUGAUUCAGCAUUCUAAUGAAAUUGCUCUUGGGUGUUUGCCAGAGGGUUUAACUUGUGAAGACCAGAAUGAUGAGAACGUAAAUGUCAAACGUAUGAAGUUUUCUCUGCAUGAACUUCCUUGUAGUAGAUCUAAUUCAGAAGAUGUUUUGGGUUCAUCUGGAAUUCAAAAAGUAGUAAUUUCCAACCUGCCUUGCGCUGCUACAAACUGUGAUAUUGACCCAAUUGCAUUUCGUACGGUUGAAUCAUCUAAACACGGUGUGAUAUCUAGUUGCUGUCUAUUGAAGCAUAACUUGGUACAUAAUAAAUAUGCUUCUAAUAAUGAUGUAGAUGUUACAAAUUGUAAAUCUAAAACAGAAGAUGGGAACAUUGUAAAAGAGAUUUCUGUAACUAAGGUAGUUGCUUCUCCUGUAUCCCAGGAGAGCUCGGCAAACAGGCUAGUUGUAACGAGUCCAUCAAUCACUGUUGUGAAGAAGUCUGAGUCUCCUUUAAAAACUGAGGAAAUGGCGGAAGAAUUUCAAUCUUCUAAUAUGGUUAUCUCAAAAUCUUUGUCAAAGCCAGGCAAAGAGGAUCCCCGUUCCUUACUGCAGUUUCAUGUUGUGCAGUUGCUUACGAUGUUAGGAUGGUCUAUUGGUAAGCAUCUACGGCCUUGUAGGCGGUGGAUGGAGUCAGUCUACACGACACCAACUGGAAAAACUAUUCGGGAAUUUACAAAAGUUUGGAGGUUAUGUGGCCAACAGUUGUCUGUUGAAAAAUACAAUAUACCAUAUGGAGGCCGUAAGGAAUGGACUAAUAUUAGCGAUUUCUGGUCUGAUCUUUCGAGUGCACUGACAAAUGUUGAAAAAUCAAAAACCCAGCCAGAAACCGCUGCUAUGUUGGCUUAUCAAUGGUGGCUUUUGGAUCCUUUUGUAGUAGUUGUAUAUUUUGAUAGAAAGAUUGGUGCUCUGAAAAGGGGAGAGGUAAUAAUACAAGCAUCUUGUAGUUUAGUUUCUAAAAAGGGUAAAAUGGCAUAUGCUCCAGUUGAUUUAGCAUGGAAGGAUAGUUCUCGUGCUCAUUCUGGUCAAAAGGACGCCCAAUCCAUUUUCUGCGACACUUCAAAAGCCACCAGAACCACAGAAACAUCUGCUUUUGUGAUAAACAAUCAUGUCUGUAAGCAGAAAUCUGAUGGUAAUCAAGAAGAUGUGUAUGUCGGAGAACAUAAACCAAACAUCAUAGAAAAUCGUUGUAGUGAAUUGUCAGUGGGCAAAAGUAGUAUGGAUCUAGUCUCACCUGCUUGUGCAUUGGGUAGCACUGUUACUCAAUCCAGUGCUUCCUCUUUCAAUGUUCUUACAAGCUCUGAAAAUUUGGACUUGGAAUCUAAAGUGAAUGCUGUUCAUCAUGCUAAACUUAGAAAUUCCAAAAGCUUUGAUAAGCACACAUCAGAAAAUCAGUCUGAAUGCACUGAGGAAGAGGGGAGGAAGAUCUCAAUGGCUUCUGUAUUUGGGAAAGAUAGUACAUGGUCCUCCUAUGAUGGUAUUCUUAAAAAGAAAAUGCGGAGGAAGUGCAAAAGGAUAUCUCAAAUCAAACCGAGUAUGUUAUACCAUAGUGACAUACUGGGAUCAACUAUUACUGACCAGGCACAGUCCCUGAAUGGUGAUGCAUGUGGCACUCAGGCUGGGUUGGAACAAGUUCAGGAUUAUGUAGUUGACAGUGUGGGAAAAAAAAGGAACCACGAGCAGUUGACGGGUAGUGCAAACAAGCGACAUAUUAAGAAAACAAACUACUCUAUUACUGAAAAAAAUAAGUCCAAAAGAUGCCAUAUUGAAGAUGACGAUCUAUUAGUGUCAGCAAUACUCAAGAAUAAGGAUUUCAACCCAAAGAAAGUCCGAUGUAAUUCUAGAGCUAAACCUGGCAAAUCAAGUGGUUUGAGAAAGCUUAAAAGCAAUAAAGGCCGUUGCAGGUUGCUACCAAGGAACCCUUGUAAUGGAGGGAAGCACAAUAAGGAUGGGAAGAUGUAUUAUCUCGGGGAAAGGACUCUCUUGUCCUGGUUGAUCGAGAACGGGGUCAUAUCUUUAAAGAAUGUUAUUCAAUACCGAAAUCCAAAAGAUAAUUCUGUCACUAAGGAAGGUAAGAUCACCAAAGAUGGCAUUGUUUGUAAGUGUUGUGGUAAGGUGCUUACAUUGUCAGAGUUCAAGACUCAUGCUGGGUUUAUGCUGAGUCGCCCUUGCUUGAAUCUUUUCAUGAAGUCUGGUGAGCCCUUUACACUUCGCCUCCUUCAAGCUUGGUCAGCUGAAUACAAAGCCAAGAAAAGUCAAAAUCAAGCUGUGAAUGUUGUUGAUAAUGACAGAAAUGAUGACUCGUGCGGGUUGUGUGGUGAGGGAGGUGAGCUGAUAUGUUGUGAUAACUGUCCGUCUACUUAUCACCUGGCUUGUUUGUCCGCUCAGGAGAUCCCUGAUGGCAACUGGUACUGCAUAAACUGCACUUGUCGGAUUUGUGGUAAUUUGGUCAUUGAUAAAGAGGCUUCAGAUACACAUGAUUCAUUACAAUGUUCACAAUGUGAACAUAAAUAUCACGAGAAAUGCCUAGGAGAAGGAGAUAAACAAGAAGGAGCAGUUUCAGACACUUGGUUUUGUAGUCAGAGUUGUCAGGAGGUAUACUCCAGUCUCCAAUCUCAGGUGGGGCUAGUUAAUCAAAAUGCUGAUGGCUUCUCAUGGACGCUUCUUAGAUGCAUACACGAUGACCAAAAGGUUCAUUCUGCUCAGUGGUUUGCCCUAAAGGCAGUAUGCAAUACAAAAUUAGCUGUUGCCCUUACCAUCAUGGAGGAGUGUUUCGUGUCAAUGUUAGAUCUAAGAACAGGCAUCCACAUGAUACCCCAAGUUUUAUACAAUUGGGGGUCUGAUUUUGCUCGUCUGAAUUUUCAAGGGUUUUACACCGUGGUGCUGGAGAAACAGGAUGUGUUAAUAUCUGUAGCAUCUAUCAGAGUGCAUGGGACUUCAGUGGCAGAGAUGCCUCUAAUUGCAACUUGCAGUCGGUAUCGCCGCCAAGGAAUGUGCCGACGCCUUGUGAACUCAAUCGAAGAGAUGUUAAUGUCCGUCAAGGUAGAAAAGCUUGUGGUAUCAGCCAUUCCCGAAUUGGUGGAGACAUGGACCAAGGGCUUUGGUUUUGUACCUGUAGGUGACAUUGACAAGCAGAGAUUAAAAAAAAUCAACUUAAUGGUUUUUCCUGGAACAGUGUUACUUGAAAAAUCCUUGUAUGGCAAGAAAAAUGAAGAGCUGUGUGAUCAAUCAACUUUAGAAACAGAUAUCUGUUCCAAAGGAAUGGCCAUAGCCGAAUCAUUGCUGCAAGAUGCUGGGAAUGUAACUGCCAUUGAAGUUGGUGCUAAGUCAGAGUAUGAACCUAUGGACUGCAAAAAUCAACCAGACAAUACGGCUGAUAGUGAAACCAACAGAGAUGAUAAUACUCAAGCUGUUGAAAUUGCAUUAGGAGGCAAAGAAUCAACAGAGACAAGUAGGUCUUUCAGUGAAGGGAAAAUCACCCCUGGUGAAGGACACAAUGUGCAGGAAUUGAGAACAUGCAACAUGCAAAUUGAGAACCGUUGUCCCAACAAAGAUGGUACUGAAUCAGGUGUAAGACUUAUUGAGGAGAAGAAUAUCGAAAUAGGUGAAGUUGAGGAAAAUGCUUUGCACGGACAUGUUUCAAACGCGUCGUGCAAAGCUUUUCCGGGCAACAAUUUUGAGGCAGUUUCUAAUUUUGAUUGCUCAGUGAUGUAUGAUGAAACAGCUAUUUUUGGAACAUUAGCAAACUCUGCAAAAUCAAUGGAAAGUUGAAAUCAAGUUAGAGAAUAUAGUGGGAAAACUAACCAUUAAUUAUGAAAACAUAAAUUGGAUUCAA